AUGAUUCUCGCUCUAACUGAGUUGAUAGGAAAUUUGGCUCGAAAAGGUUACUUGAAAGGAGGAAAACUUGUACGUGUUAGUAAUAAACGUGUGCUAACAUCGUGGUGUAAAGUUAUUCCAGAUCCAACAAAUGAUGAUCAGUUAAAACAAAUUGUUCAGACAUUAAAGCAAGAUUAUGAAAGAACAUCAAAUUUGAUGGCAAAUCAUACACAACUGAUAGGUGCAUUGAAUAAAAUCACGAACAAAAACGUUGGGAACCGUAACAAGAAUGCAAUUCAACCAAACGGUGCGGGUCCUAGUGGUCAAUCGCAAUCGUGUAGUCGCAAUAAAGCAACCUCUCCAGUUCAUGCAGCGAAUAUUACUCGGACACAUGUAAAAGAUCAACAACGAACAAUUUUAGAGCCUCAGAAUACACAAUCAUCAUAA